AUGAAGGUCUACGGUUUUCUCUUCUCCCCACCAUCCCGAGCUGUUGAAAUAACUUGCAAGCUCGCAGGGGUCGAUUACGAGUUCAGUAGUCUAAAUUUGAUGAAGGGCGAGCACAUGAACAAGGACUUCCUUGCGAUCAAUCCUCGACAUUGCAUUCCAACAAUCGUCGACAAUGGUUUUACGCUUUGGGAAUCGCGAGCUAUCCUUCAAUUCAUCGUCAAUCAAUAUGCGCCAAAAUCUACGCUCUAUCCUGCUGAACCAAAAGCGAGGGCAAAAGUUGACUUUUGGCUCAACUGGGACAUGGGUUCGAUGUACUCCGCCAUUUUCGCCGCUGUUUAUCCAAAACUGGGGUUCUUCCCGAUGCCAGAUGAUUUGCCUGCGAAGGAGGCCAAGCUGGCUGAGCAGAUUCGAUUCCUUGAUGGAUCCAUUCAAGCCGGCAACUUUCUCACCGGAAAGAACAUCACAAUCGCGGAUAUAAGCAUCGCUUGCGGACUAACAAUGCCCUGCCUUGUUAACCCUAAGUUCCUGGAUGACUACGAAAAUGUGAAAGCUUGGUUCGGAAAAGUUGCCGCUCUACCAGAGUUCGCAGGCAUUCAUGGGCGAUUUCAAGAGUUCGUUGGACAGAUGAUGGCUGCCAAAGCUGAGGAAGAGAAUAACAAAUCGAAAGUAAAAACCUCUUUUUGA